AUGAGCGUCUCUUAGAAUUAGUAAUAAUUAUAUGAGGAACUAAUGGUAAUGAAAUAAAUUUUCUAUAUCAGGAAAAAAUAAAGUAAAAUUCAGAGAUAAAAGAGAAAUUUGAUAGCAGGACUUAAAAUGGACUAUUAGAUAAGGACUAUGCGCAUGAAGUCUUGAUAGAUUGGAGUGAAUUACUUAAUUAUGAUCUUGGUGAUGCUAUAAGUUAUUUUGAUCUCGAUAAUCCUGACAUUCCACCUGAAGAGAUCAGAUAAAACUUAGAUUUUAACAGUUUCAUUAAUCUGGUAGACAAAUGGCUUUAGAAGCAAUUAAUUUAAUCAUCACCAAAAUAAAAAUAAAGUACAAACUAAGAUCAAUACUGGUUUAAGAGUGAACCUGGUACACUAAAUACAGAACAAAGUGAUUUAAAGCAUUAAGAAUAAUUAAUAAGAGCAAUUUUUGAAAUUUAAGAAGCAAAGACUAAAAAGGUUUUUAAUGAAUAUGCAAUGAUGAGUGAUCAAACUGACACAAUUAGCAAAUAAGAUUUUCCUCUUUUGCUAAAAAAUUUGUUAUAUUAACAUAAUGCAUCAAUUUAUGAAAAAGCUGGGCAAGAAGAUUUCUUUAUGAGAAGUAAUUCUUAUGGAAAUUUAAAUAACUUUUUAAGAGAUGAAUAAAUUAAUUAUUAAUAAUUUAAGGAAGCUGCAAUUUAAUUUAUAAAAGGAAACCAAGAUUUAAUUCUUUUAGAUCAUGAAUAAAUUAAUAAAAAAAAAGAAAAAUAACAACCUCAAAAUCCACCUAAUUUAGAAGAGGAACUUUUAUAGCAAAUAGAAAAAUAUCAAUAAAUUUUAUAAAGUACUGAACCUGAAAUUGAAAAAUAGGUUUUAAGAAAUAUGAUUACUACUUUAGUCCGCUAAUUAGAUUUAAUCAGAGAUAAUACUAUGAAACUUGAUGAAACCUAAAUAAAUUCUACUCUCAAACCAAAAGCUAAUCUCUAAGUGUCAUUUUCUGGAAUAGUUAGACCUGAAAAAAGAUCUAAAACAAAGGAAGAAAUAGAAAUUGAAAAAAGAGAUAAUUAAAUUUUGGAAAUCUUUCUUUUUUUUGCAAAAUAGUAAUAUGUUAAUGGAGUUGCCUACGAAUUUGACAGAUACACAAAAGAAGCUUAAAGUUUAAGUUUAGGCAUGUUCUUAUAUUUUUGUAAAUGUUUUAAUCUGAUUGAAACUCAUAUAAGAAAACCAAAUGAAGAAAAUUUAUUAGAAAGAAAAAAAAGAGGGGAAGAUGUCAAUAUAACUAAAUUAAAUCAAACAAUAAUAAAUAAAAGCUUAUAAGAGGAAGAGAAAUAAGUAGAACAAGAAUAAGCUUCAACUAUUAUAUCUCCAAAAUAAAAACCUCCUACUGUUCCAGUUGACAUUAAAAAGGUUGAAAAUUUGCCUCGAAGAAAUAAAUAUUCCCAUAUCCCGUCUAAAUUUGAGUAAAAUUUUAUUUAAAUAUUUUAGAUGGUGGAAUGACGAUUUAAAGUUUGAUAAAUAUUACAAUCCAAAUCAAAAUCUUCUACCACAAUAAAUUAUGGAUGAUAUGAAAUAUUUAACAAAAGAGGAAAUUAAAAAUUUAUUUAAAAGAAGUGCCUUUGGAAAGGAUGUAUUAUAUUAAAUUUAAUUAGCUCGAUUUUGAUGAAUUUAAAUGUUUGUUAGGAUUUAUGGCUAAUCUUAUGUUCAAAUAAAAUGGGGAAAGACAUCCUCAUGCUUACUAAUUGAUAUUAAGACUAAUGUAUAUUGAUUAUCCAGAAGAAUAUAGAAAAAGAUUAAUACCUGUUAAAAUACCUUUCAAUUGCAAAGAGAAAAUUGGUUUUAGAUUAUUACCAGGUUAUGAGCAUCAUGAAUAUAAGGGCAGAUAAUUAUCUUAAUAAGAAAAACAGCAACUUUAAAAAUUAAAACAAGAAAGAGAAAAUCAACUAAGAGAGAGACUUACAGAAAAUCCAAAUCAGAGCAUAAGAUCUAUAGGAUCAAUAGGCUCUUAAUCUAUCGCUAAUUUACCAUAUAAUAAGUAAUAAGGAAGAUUCUUAAAUGGAAGAAUAGAUUUGGAUAGGGAAAAAGUAUCAUGGGCAAAAUUAGAGAAUUUAAAUCCUAAUGAUUUAAGUGGACAUGGAAGAAAUUUUAAACCUUAAGAUUUGAUUGAUGAAUUUGAGGAUGAAGAAGAUAGGUAAUUAUUUUUUAUUAUUUUUAGAUUUUUUUUAAAAGAAUUCUCACUUGAAGAUGAAAAAAAAAAUUAACCUAAACCUGAGGAAGUUUAAAAAAAUCUUGAAAAAUAUGGUGCUUAUAAACCUCCUAAGAGACCUACUUAAAAACAUUAAAUGAGCUAACCUUAACUUUUAAACUAAAAAUAUGAUCAGAAAAGUGUAGACAUGAAAAAUUAGUACUUGUAAAGAGCUAAUCAAAUUUAAUAACUACAAAAUAAAAAAGAGUAAUAACUACUCUAAAAAAUAAACAAAUAAUAUAAAAUUUGA